ACCCAGUGGGAAGGCUAAGUUCCAGAACGCACUGAUAACUGUCAAGUCAAGCCGUUUGCUUUCAUUUCCAUAUUAUGAAAGACAAUAGCGCCGGCAGCAGUGCUUAUUACUGCGCAUUUGAGUUGUGCGCCAUUCGGGUCACUGAAUCUCUUUUUGACUUUCUAUUAUGACGAGUCGCCGACGACAUCACAACGGAACGCACCUCAGCAGUAGAUGGUUAAAGCUAUGUAAAAUAUUCCCAUUCUCGUCGGGUAAAGCGAUGCCUAGGCUACUGACAGAGAACCAUGAUUUGCAGAGGAUAUAUUUUGGAUAGUCUACUUUGCGAGAGCAAGAGUGUGUGGCUGUCUGUCAAGCACGGAGUCGCUUUGGCGCGCUAAAGCAUCUUGGAUAAGAUGAUUGUCAGUUAUUUCACGUAGCGAAGCGAACACCAAACAAAACCCACAGCUACAAAAUUCCAAAUUUGUAGCGGACUUCAUAAAGACGGGUAGGGUGCGCGCCCACCGGUUGCUGUGAUGAAACCCUCUCCAGGCAACGGGGUGAACCUCCAGACUCAUCGAGAAGAAUUGGUGUCCAACGGAGGCUGCGGAAUGUCAGACACCGUGACAGCUGUCCAAACCGACACUGGUCCCGGAUCCCCCAUGACUGACAAGCCGGGAGUAGGAGGAGAUACAGACGCCAAAGGAAUCCCGCGGCGGAGCAGUAUUAUCAAGGAUGGUUCUCGUGCUGGUCGUGAGAGGAAGAAGACGGUCUCCUUCAGCAGCAGUCUCUCUGAGAGGAAGAUCAGCAGCGCUGCAGACUGCAUCAGUGCUAUGGUGAGGGGUACUGAGCUGCGGAAAGUGCGCUCCAACUCACGCGUCUACCAGCGCUACUACCUGCUGGAGUCAAGUCUGCAGGCCCUGCGAUGGGAGCCCUCCAAGAAGGAGUCAGAUAAGGCCCGCAUCGCCGUCUCCUCCAUCAGAGAGGUCCGCACCGGCCGCAACACAGAGACAUUUAGGACCAACGGCAUCUAUGACCAGAUCUCUGAGGACUGUGCCUUCUCGAUCAUCUACGGAGAGACCUAUGAAGCUCUGGACCUGGUAGCUAACUCUGCAGAGGUGGCCAACGUUUGGGUAACUGGCCUGAGGUAUCUGAUUCUGUAUGGGAAGCAUGCCAUGGAUAUGAUAGCCAGCAGUGAGGACAGCCUUCGUCUCAUCUGGCUAGCAGAGAUGUUCUCCUCUAAGGUUGUUUCAAAUGGACUCGGUGGAAGAGAGGAGGAGGGGAUCAGUUUGCGGUCGGCGGUAGGACUGAUCAAGAGUGUUAACCCUGGAGUGAGGAGUGGGAAAGUAGAACGCAGGUUUAAGGAGCUCCAUCGAAUCAAAGAGAGGACGAGGGGGGCUCGGACAACUGGAGUUGGAACUGAUGUUGGGGCUGUGGCUCUACCUGAAGCAAUGGUUGGGACUUCAGUUGUAGCUGGAGCUGGGACUGGUUCUGGGGAUGGAAUUGAGGUGGUCGGUAUAGGAGAUGGGGCUGGGACUAGAACUGAGGUGGUCGGUAUAGGAGAUGUGACUGGGACUAGAACUGAGGUGGUAGGUAAAGGAGAUGUGACUGGGACUAGAACUGAGGUGAUCGGUAUAGGAGAUGUGACUGGGACUAGAACUGAGGUGGUGGCUAAAGGUAACACAGACAACAGAAGAGGAGAAAUAGAGGACAGGGUCACCAAGGAGGAGUUCAUUGAGGUAUUUCACGAACUUUGCACCCGACCGGAGAUCUACUUCCUCCUUGUGCAGUUCUCUAGCAACAAGGAGUUCUUGGAUACCAAGGAUCUGAUGAAGUUCCUGGAGGCUGAGCAGGGCGUGGCUCAGGUGACUGAAGACAUCAGUCUGGAGCUCAUCCAAUCCCACGAGCCGUCGGAGGAGGGCCGUCGCCAGGGCUGCCUCUCAUUGGACGGUUUCACCAGCUAUCUUACGUCCCUGGAGUGCCACUUGUUUGACCCGGAGCACAGCCAGAUGUGCCAGGACAUGAGCCAACCCUUAUCCCACUACUACAUCAACUCCUCCCACAACACCUACCUCAUCGAGGACCAGUUCAGGGGGCCCUCUGACAUCACCGGCUACAUCCGGGCUUUAAAGAUGGGCUGCAGGUGUGUGGAGGUGGACGUGUGGGACGGCCCUGAUGACGAACCCGUGGUUUAUACUGGUUACACCCUCACCUCGCCUGUCCUGUUCCGCUGUGUCCUGGACGUGAUUGGGUGCUUUUCAUUCGCAGCGUCAGAGUGUCCUCUAAUCCUGUGCUUGGAGAACCACUGCUCCCCCUGCCAGCAGAGAGUAAUGCUCCAGCACCUGAAGAGGAUACUAGGGGAGAGGUUGUACACGGGGCCCCUCGGGGAAGGGGAGGGGUACCUGCCCUCGCCCCAUGCCCUGAGGGGCAAGAUCCUGCUGAAGGGGCAGAAGUUGAAGGAGGGGUGUGGUGAGACGGAGGGGGAUGUGACUGAUGAAGACGAGGGGGCGGAGAUGUGCCAGAGGAUGAAGGCUGGUAACAGUGAAGGAGGAGGAGGGGAGGGGAGACAGAAAGGUGGUGGGGGGGGUGUUACUAGUAGUGUGAAAACCCUGACCCCUGCUCCUCCCUCUAAACGGUUCCAGCUUCUGAAGGAGCUCUCGGACUUGGUGACUCUGUGCAAGUCAGUACGUUUCACAGACUUCCAGAAGUCUUUCUCAACCCAGAAACCCUGGGAGUUCUGCUCGUUCAACGAGACCCUAGCGGUGCGCUGCGCCAGCGAGCGCCCGGGAGACUUUGUCAACUACAACAAGCGCUUCCUGUCGCGGGUCUACCCCAGCGCCAUGCGCAUCGACUCCAGCAACAUGAACCCACAGGACCUGUGGAAGUGCGGUUGCCAGAUUGUGGCUAUGAACUACCAGACGCCCGGGUUGAUGAUGGACCUAAACAUCGCCUGGUUCCGCCAGAACGGGAAUUGUGGGUAUGUGCUGCGACCCACCAUCAUGCGACAGGAGGUUUCGUAUUUCAGCGCCAAUACAAGAGACUCUGUGCCGGGUGUGUCCCCUCAGCUGCUCCAUGUUAAGGUGAUCAGUGGGCAGAACUUGCCCCGUCCGUGUGGUUCUGGAGCUAAAGGAGAUGUGGUGGACCCGUACGUCUACGUGGAGAUCCAUGGUAUCCCUGCCGACUGUGCCGAGCGCCGCACCCGCACGGUGGUGGAGAACGGAGACAACCCCAUCUUCGACGAAAGCUUUGAGUUCCAGAUCAACCUGCCCGAGCUGGCCAUGGUGCGCUUCGUGGUGCUUGAUGAUGAAUUCAUAGGGGACGAGUUCAUAGGUCAGUAUACCAUUCCCCUGGAGUGCUUACAGCCAGGCUACCGGCACGUACCAUUACAGUCUCUGAUGGGGGAGGACCUCCCGUACGCCCGGCUGUUCGUCCAUGUGGCUCUCACCAACCGGAGAGGAGGGGGCAAGUCCCACAAGCGGGGGCUGUCUGUGCGAAAGGCGAGGCGAGGGAGGGAGUACGCUGCACUCAGGGACCUGGGGGUCAAAGCCUUGGAUGAUGUUUUCAAAAUGGCGGCUCCGUCAUUGAAGGAAGCCACAGACAUGCGGGAGAACAUGCAGAACUCGGUGGCAGUUUUCAGGGAUCUGUGUGGGGUGUCAGCGGUGGCUAACCUCAUGCAGUGUGUGUUGGCUCUGGGGGCCCGUGUUUCUGGCGCUGACGGGGCCCCCCUGCUGCUGUUUGAGCUGAAGGAGCAGUACCCCUCCAUGGAGUCUCAGGGGCCCCUGCCGGACGUCCUACGCAGGGUGGUGUCCACUUAUGAAAUGAUGAUCCAGGCGAGCAGAGCGGUGAUCGAGCUGUCAGACGGAGUCUACGACAGGAUCCUACAGAUACAGACAACAGCCAUGGAGUUCCAUGAGAAGUUAAAGCCCAUGGCAGUGAAGGAGGGGCUUAAAGGUCGUAAGGUCACCAGAGCUGUGGAGAGUUUCAGCUGGAACAUCACAAUACUGAAGGGGCAGGCAGACCUGCUGAAACGGGCUAAGACGGAGGUACAGGAGAACAUAAAGCAGGUCCACUACGCUGCUCUGACCUCUAACCUCAGUAAGGGCGGGACAGGAGAGACAACCCACACUCGGCGCAGCCUGGACGCCCUUCCUUCAAUGUCGGGUACAGCUCCGGCAAGAAGUUUCCCUUAGUCACAGACAGGUCUAGGAACAGUUUACCUGUCUAAAAUGAUAUAUUGAACCAUAAGGGGGAAAUGUAAAAACUGACCGUAGGUCCGUUUCUAAAGGCACAAUCGUCCUAUUCUGAGGAUUGUCAGGGUGAUAAGAAGUUGCUACAUACGUUCUAUAGUGAUAGGCUCCUUCUGCAUCUCACCCGGGGGCUGCUGGAGAUUAGUCUGCCAUUUUCUCCAGACAACGAUGAGGAAGAAGGAGGAUGGACUCAGUUGAAGAGAAAAACUCCUGUUAUAGCACUGCCAAGAGGGAGGAGUAAUGUCAAAGACACUGGAGACAGGAAUGUAGAGAGGAAUGAAGGAAUGAGGUCUGAGAGAAAGAGAGAGACAGACUGCCCUGUCCCCUACUUUGUAUGCAGCUAUAAAUAAGAAAUGUUUAAUCCUGCUCUCUAUGGGGCCGAUUCAGACCCGAGUUAUGCACUUGUAAAUGGAACUUAAUUCCCUUUUUAUGAGCUUUUCUUUCAAACGUAUUCUGACCUUGAAUUUAAAAAAAUGUUUCAGCCAGCUAUUCUUUCAGAGUGGAGAUCAGAGAAAUUAAUACAUUUAAAAAACUGAAAUAUCACAUUUACAUAAGUAUUCAGACCCUUUACUCAGUACCUUUUGAAGCAUCUUUGGCAGUGAUUCCAGCUGCAAGUCUUCUUGGAAGGGGAACCUUCACCCCAGUCUGAGGUCCUGAGCGCUCUGGAGCGGGUUUUCAUCAAGGAUCUCUCUAUACUUUGCUCCAUUCAUCUUUCCCUCGAACCUGACUAGUCUCCCAGUCCCUGCUGCUGAUAAACAUACCCACAGCAUGAUGCUGCCACCACAUGCUUCACCGUAGAGAUGGUGCCAGGUUUCCUUCAGACUUGAAGCUUGGCAUUCAGGCCAAAGAGUUCCAUCUUGGUUUCAUCAGACCAGAGAAUCUUGUUUCUCAUGGUCUGAGAGUCCUUUAGGUGCCUUUUGGCAAACUCCAAGUGGGCUGUCAUAUGUCUUGCACUGAGGAGUGGGCACUCUACCAUAAAGGCCUGAUUGGUGGAGUGCUGCAGAGAUGUUUGUCCUUCUGGAAGGUUCUCCCAUCUCCUCAGAAGAACUCUAGAGCUCUAUCAGAUUGACCAUCAGGUUCUUGGUCACCUCCCUGACCAAGGCUCAUCUCCCCCGAUUGCUCAGUUUGGCCGGGCAGCCAGCUCUAGGAAGAGCCUCUGUGGUUCUAAACUUCUUCCAUUUAAGAAUGAUGGAGGCCACUGUGUUCUUGGGGAGCUUCAAUGCUGCAGACAUUUUUUGGUACCUUUCCCCAGAUCUGUGCCUCGACACAAUCCAUUCUUGGAACUCUACGGACAAUUACUUUGAUCUCAUGGCUUGGUUUUUGCUCUGACAUGCACUGUCAACUGUGGGACCUUAUAUAGACAGGUGUGUGCCUUUCCAAAUCAUGUCCAAUCAAUUGAAUUUACCACAAGUGGACUUCAAUCAAGUUGUAGAAACAUAUAAUGGAUGAUCAAUGGAAACAGACUCCACCUGAGCUCAAUUUCGAGUCUCAUAGCAAAGGGUCUGAAUACUUACGUAAAUAAGGUUUAUUUUUUUUAUACAUUUGCAAAAAUGUAUAAAAACCUGUUCGCUUUAUCAUUGUGAGGUAUUGUGUGUAGUUUGCUGAAAAUCUUUUUUAUUGAAUCCAUUUUAGUAUAAGGCUGUAAUGUAACUAAAUGUGGAAGAAGUCAAGGGGUCUGAAUACUUUGCGAAGGCACUGUGUGCUGUAUUCUUACCUUAAUUCCACCAACUUUACGUACGAGGAAAGGAUGGUUAAGGUCGAGCAACCUGUCGGUUCCAGGUGGAACAUCUACUUCAUUCUUUCCUGAUACAAAUAACACCAUUCUCCACACACUGUAAUUUACAAAUUGAUAAGAAAUAUUGAUUUGGUCUAAGUAAAUGAGUAAACCAUUUGGAUAAGGGGAUAGUAAAUAUAAAUUACAAUUGUUUAGAACUAUUUUACCUUGAUGAUCGCUCCAGAUGAAUGUGAAACCAGUCAUAUGUCAGUAAACUGAAGCAUAUCAACAUGUCAACUUUUCCACAGUGAAUUUGAUGAAAUGCUGGCCUUAACUUGCAGGGAUGAAAUGUGGAGACUCAAGCUGUAGGUUGAUAAUAGUAUAGCGCCAAACCUACCGAGUUGAUUUAUAGAAUGUUUUAAUUAUAUGCCCCGACUUCUCACCGUAUUUUUUUACAAUUUGUAUUCUGUUAAAUAUCAGCCACUAUCGGUAGCCACCGUCCGUUUUACCCACAUACAUUUAUAACCACUAUUUUUGAUUCACCAAUAUGUUUUGUGCAUAAAAGCCAUCCAAACUUAUUUUUCAGAAAUAUUUUCCUAACCCUAAAAAAUAUACAUUGAUCUAAGUAUUUUUAAAUCUACCAAUUGGUGCUGAAAAGGAGACGUGUAUUUACAUGGCUUUCUUUCAUUAAUGCCUAAUAUUCUGAACAGUUCUUUCCAUAUAUUGUCUGCCGAGAAAAUUCUAAUUAAAAGGUACGCACAAUUUUAAGGGGUGGCUUCAGAUAAAUGUACUGAAAACUCCACAAGAAAAUCUGUUGGUCAGCCAGUGGGAAGAUUUUCAGCUGUGUAAUUACAUUUAUUCGCUCGCGUAAGGGAACCACACCUGCAAAGCCAAUUAUGCACCUACAUAAGGUAAGUCUGAAUACCAACUACUGUCGAGUAGGAAAGGGGUGCGUGCAUUUCCUAAGUCUGAAUCGGGCCCUAUGUGCAAUGUUUGUUACUCUUGGUUUGUGUUUAUUUUGGGGGGAGUGAAGAGGGUUUUCAGGGUCAUGAAACUACAGUCCCUUCAGAAAGUAUUCACACCCCUUGAUUUUUUCAACAUUUUGUUGCGUUACAGCCUCUACUUAAAAUUGAUUCAAUUUAGGACACUACCCAUCCUGAUAACUUGGCCCUGAAGCUUUUGGAAGUUUCAUUUCUGUACCUUAUUGUGAAAAGUGUAGCUUCCAGAAGCUUUAAAAUGAGGCCUGAUUGUCAGGAUGGGUAGUGUACUGUAUGAGUACACAUUAAUUACAACUAAGCAUCCUUCAAGAUACACUUCAUUUUAACUAGCUAAAUCCUGUGUAACAACUAGUAAUUACAUUGUACUUAGGCAAACAUUACAUGUACUGUGUUUUUCCACAUCUGGGAUGCCACCCAAGUCAUUGAGUUUGACCUACUGAUCUGUUUUUACCUGAUCAACCAAGUUAACCCAGAUGCUGCACUUUAUUUUGGGGUCAAGUGCCAGCAACAACACUGAGCGGAGAUAUAGUUUGAACAGUGCACAUUCAAGGCUAAGUAAUUACAGCCUAUUGAGCAUAAGCUAUAAUCUCUCAGAUACCCAGCACAUCCGCGACUGAUCACAACCUGUGAGACAGUUGUUACUGUAUGCAGCUGAGAAGAGGCGAAACACUAAGUUGGUGAAUUUAGUGGAAACCUGCCCAUUUGUACCACCCUUGUAUUUACACACUUGCUAGUUAACCACAGUACUUAUUACGGUGUAAUUACAAUGUAACAAGGACCCCUUCAAACUAAAUGUUACCGGAAAAAGGGGUGUGAAUAUGUUUUGAAAGCCUGUAGCACAAAGUGAAACUAAUUGACAGAAGUGUCUGUGUGUGCUUCAGGAGGCUGAUACAGAAUGUGUGAAUGCUACUGAUAUCUAAUAAUAAUAUGCCAUUUAGCAGACACUUUUAUCCAAAGCAACUUACAGCAGUGCGUACAUACACUUUCAUAUUGGUGGCCCCGGCUGGAAUCAAACUCACGAUACUAAAGUUGCAAACGCCAGCAGUCUACCAACUGAGAUGUGAUAAACCCAUAUUUCAUUUCUGAAUUGGUUAGGGUCCGUUUCAGAUUUGGACUAGUUGGGCUGUCAAUGGGAUGCUGGUCAGAAACGGCACUUAGCAGUCAAAUUGCUAUGGUCAGAAGGUCCAGGAAUGUUCUACUCAUCCAAAUUCUAUGGAUGUCUAUUGGUGGCAUAGGGUUCAUUUAACUCAACCAGACAGUGUUAAUGAUUCAACCAUCAGAAACAGUGUAACAGUAUUUCAAGUUCUCCUUCCAUGGCACUUAGACCACUGUUUUGUUAUGGUGUUGUCACAUUACGCUAUUUUAAUAUCUGGUUUUAUCCUCAUUGACUAAAAUAUUACUGCAUUUUUACAAAAUGGUCAUUUUCAUUCAUUGGCCUUUUGUCUUAAGUCAGUGUGACAAAUCUGCCUGGAACUGAAGGAUGAGCGUUGCCUAGAUGCCACCUGUCGGAAGACAGUGGUUGGCGUCUUGAAAACCUUUGUUAUUCACCUGAUGUUAUAAGACAAGUUGUCUCUAAAUUGACAUCAAUAUCUCCUCCAAACCAUAUCCAUUAGAUGUAUUACCACACCCAAACGAGGUCGCAGUUGUAAAUGAGAACUUGUUCUCAACUGGCCUACCUGGAUUAAAAAAACUAUAUGCAAAUAAACCAGCUAAUUUAUAA